AUGCCACACAAUAUGCUGUCAAAGCCGAGGACUUUAACUUCCACCAGCGCUUCAUUCUCGUCGACUUUGACAUCUUUUGUGUUCUCUUUUUGGUGUGUGAACUGGAUGGCCUUGACCGGCCAACAAAAGAAGACUUUAAUGAAAACAUUGAGAAGUGUUGAAUGUAGUAUUUCGGCUAGAGAAAGUGUUCACACAAAUCGACGAUUUGGUUUCAACAUCAUGACAGAUGCUAUAAGUAUCAGUGUGAAUCUGAAAAGCAGGGGACGUGAUGAACUAGUGAAGGGCACAAAGCUCUGUUCAAGGCUUCACAAGGACAUGGAAGAAACGGAAAACGUGGAUCAAGAACGAUGA